CGUCUCUGUCCUCGUGUCGUUAAGCGCUUUUAGUGAAAGCAGAUCUAUUGUUUGUGAGUUUGUCUUUGGUUUCUGAUCGGUCACCGCAUCGGGAAUGAUUUCAGCACCGCGGACAGCGACUGACAGAACAAAACUCCCGUACUGCCACGAGUCUUUUCAUAACCUUCAGGAGUUGAGACACAGUGCGUCUCUAGCCAAUAAGGUCUUUAUUCAGAGGGACUACACAGAUGGCACCAUCUGCAAGUUCCAGACCAAGUUACCCUCUGAGUUAGACAGCAGGAUUGAGAGGACGCUGUUCGAGGACACUGUGAAGACGCUGAAUAAUUACUAUGCGGAGGCAGAGAAGAUCGGAGGUCAGUCCUACCUCGAGGGCUGCCUCGCCUGCAUCACUGUUUACCUCAUCUUCCUGUGCAUCGAGACACGCUACGAGAAGGUGCUGAAGAAGAUCUCGUGGUACAUACAGGAGCAGAAUGAGAAGAUCUAUGCUCCUCGAGGGCUGCUCAUCACGGACCCUAUAGAGAGGGGCAUGAGAGUCAUUGAGAUCAGCAUGUAUGAGGAUCACGGCUCCAGCGGUUCAACCUCAGGAAGCAGCACUACUAGCAGCAGUGGACGAUGAUUUACACACACACAGUAGCAUUCACUGUACCAACACUCAACACUCACUCGCUCAUGACUGAUGCCUUCAUACUAAUGCUCUCUGAAGAGAAGCAUCAUCCAUUUAGCAUCAGCAAACAAAACCAGACAUGACAUCACCCACCGCACGAGAACUGCCUCCUCAAGACACGUCAUAUCAGCUGUAAGCAGCACGACAUUACCUCACGUCUGCACAUCAUCUGGUAACAGAAUCUGCACACGAAGUUCCAGCACCUUCAGAAACCUGCAGUUGUUGCACAUCUCAGAGUCACUGUCUGUAGCAUUCUGGUUAAAGUUCACAUAAGCUUCCGUCACUAUAAUAUGCAAAUUCACUCCCGCCGUGUGACGUAGCGGCCGAUCGGCACACAACAGUCUUCCAUUGCAAUUGACAUUUGCAUGAUUUUUUUUACCCUUUUUGUUUGAGGUGUUUGGACAUGAGACUUCAUUGUAAUUUUAAUUUUAAUAUAAUUCAGAUUUGAGAAGAAUAGUUCACCCAAAAAUAAAAAUUCUUAAAAAGAGUCUUCAAAAUUCCUUUUGAGUUCCGGAGCAAAAAACAUCACAAUUAAAAAGAAGCAGCAUAUGCAGUAAAUAAUGACAGAAUGUUUAUUUUUGGGUGAACUCUUCCUUUAAUAUAAUGAGGACAGAAAUCUGACUCUAGAUCAGUGUGACCACGCUCAGAUAUUUUAUAAAGACCUCUGACACUGCCAUUUGUUUCCCCGUGGGGACUAUAUAUAUGACUUCUUACAUCUGUUUUAUUUGAUAUUGUGGAAAUCACUCAUGCUUUUUAAUCAUUAGAGCAAAAAAAUACAAAAAUAAAAGCCUUGAAACAUUACUGCCAAGGGCCAGAACUUCCUGAAACACAUUAACCCUCAUUAAGAGCUUCCAUUGCCUAUUAAGAACUUUUGGCCUCGAUUUAUGCAAAGAGAAAAACAAAAUCAAGAGUUCAUUUUCUGUUGUGUAGCAAAGAAAAAUAAAUGAAAAAAUGAUGGAUGAGUCAAA